ACAAUGCAGGGAUUGAAGGCAGCGGCGGCCUUGCUUAUAAGGCGGAGUAGAGCUGAGAGUUGGCGCGCCCUUCCCAAUUACCACUACAGAAACCUAUCUUCUCUUCCAAGCAAUAGCUCAAUCGAUGAUGAUAUCCAGAAUCAAGUUGUUAUUUUCCUUCUAAUUCAAUAUCAUCAUCACUGUCUCUGUGUUUAUUUUGUGUUUAAUUAGCACUUUGGUCUUGCUAUGACUGGCCGACGCAGGUAUUAGUUGAAGGCGAAGCUUAUUCGAGAGCCGCCAUUCUCAACAGACCUUCCGCCCUCAAUGCUCUGAAUACGAAUAUGUGUGCGAGAUUGCUAAAAUUGUAUAAAUCUUGGGAGGAUAAUCCAGAUAUUGGUUUUGUGAUGAUGAAGUGGCAGGGCAUUUUGUGCAGGUGGGGACAUUGUUUCUCUUUAUCACUUGAUAAAGCAAGGGAAGUUAGAAGACUGUAAGGAAUUUUUCCGGACAAUAUAUAGUUUCAUAUAUGAACUAGGUACAUAUUUGAAGCCACAUGUGAGUAUUCACGACUCUCAAAUCAUUAACUUGUGCAUACUACUAUCCUCUUUGGCAUUUUAUAUUUAGCUACCAAUGAAUGCAUCUCUUCAUGUUUCUACGUGUAGACAUUUCCUCAUAUAGCAGACAUUUUUCACGACGCCAAUUAUUCUGCUAUAAUAUGACUUCUGUUAUUUUAACUCAUGCAUUAAGAAUCUCGCAUCAGGUGGCUAUCUUGGACGGCAUUACCAUGGGUGGUGGUGCUGGAGUUUCAAUCCCUGGUACAUUUCGUGUUGCAACUGAUAGAACUGUAUGUCAUAGAAAACAUAAUGUUUUCGCUACUCCUGAAACUCUUAUUGGAUUCCACCCUGAUGCUGGUGCAUCCUUCUAUCUCUCACAUCUGCCUGGUCACUUGGGUAUUCUUGCAGUAGCAUAUUCUCUUUUUUCUCCAUGUUAUUUUUCUCAAGUACACUAUGCGGCAGUGGAGUAUUUUAUGUUCUUUGAAAGACCGAAAAUGAAGUGGUUGUUGAUUCUCGACAAAAUAAAGAGAUGGGCUUCAUUUCUGCUACAAUAUCUGACUAUUUUCAUGAUCAUUUGGAUUAAAAUGGUUAUCGGGAUGGCACUUCUUUGUCUGCUAUUUGACAAUAUAGUAUGUCAGUUGGCUAUGCUGAAGUUGGGAACCAACUGUCUGAAUGGAUUCAGUGAAGCUAGUUGUUUGAGACGCUUAAACACAUCACGAUAUGUCUACUUAGAAGAAAUUGGGGAAUAUUUGGCUUUAAGUGGAGAAACCCUCAGUGGAGCAGAAAUGAUUGCUUGUGGCCUAGCUACACACUAUUCAUAUAGUGAAAGGCUUCAAUUAAUUGAACAACAGCUUGGGAAACUGGUCACCGAUGAUCCUUCAGUCAUCGAAGCAACUUUAGAAAAAUAUAGUGACCUUGUACAUCCAGAUAAGAUGAGUGUACUUCACAGGAUUGAAACUGUUGAUAAAUGUUUCAGCCAUGACACUGUUGAAGAAAUAUUUUAUGCUCUGGAAAGUGAAGCUUCUGGAAGCAAUGAUGCAUUUUGCAAUUCCACUCUAAGAAGACUUAAAGAAGCGUCACCAUUGAGCUUGAAGGUUUCCUUAAGAUCUAUACGAGAGGGUAGAUUUGAAACGCUCGAUCAAUGCUUGGUCCGUGAAUAUCGAAUGUCCUUACAGGGAAUAUCCAAGAAUAUCUCUACUGACUUUUGUGAGGGUGUUCGUGCGCGAAUGGUGGACAAGGAUUUAGCACCAAAGUGGAAUCCUGCGAGCUUGGAGCAAGUGUCAGAAGACAUGGUGGAACAUUAUUUCUCUCCUCUUAAUGAACUGGAGCCUGAUCUAGAGCUUCCCACAGAACAACGAGAAGCGUUCACCUAGUUAUCACUAAAAGAUCUUCCAGUUGAUUGUGUUUUUGAGCGAUAAGCAGUAGAUACGUGCAAUAUGCAGAUGAUAGCAAUUGAAUUAACGGGUAAUAUCAUUAUUUUUUCUCUGAAAGCAUCGAUUUAUUUGAUCUUUAGUGCUACAGGCUAAUGUGUCGUACAAAUUGCAUAGCUUUAACGCGUGGGAGUAACAAAUCCAAACCAGAGUUUGUAUAGGAUAACAAAGACCUCAAAAAGAGUUUAAAAUUUUAUUUUCCAUUGCUGC